GUCAGGUCCAGAUCACAGUAACAAUACACAAGAACACUGAGGCAAGUUAUACCAAUCACAGGUAUCUGUGACCAGCAGACCCCUCUUAAAAUAGACUGCCGGGACGUUGGUGUCAUAAAAGGGGGGCGGGGAUCCUGGAGUUAGUGAGCCCUAACUGUCCCUACAACCGCUGUCCCUUCCUAAUGCCCAUCCACCCUGAACGAUGGAAUGACCCUUUACUGAGGAUGGACCCUAUACUGCAUUAAAGUUAUGGGCAUAAGAGUCAAAAAAAACUAACUGUACAUGUCGGGAAACCAGUAAGGAACAUAACGGGAAUACUACAAAGCUCAAACAGAUAUAUCAGGCAGGAUAUAGCAUACUAACAAAUAGUUCAGAAACCGGGAUCAAGAUUAAUGUCAGAUAUGAUAAUAUGAACAAGACUAGAUAUGUGGAUAAGUUUAAAGCAGACAAAACCAGGAGAUGCCGGGGAUGAACAGGUUAACUGAAUGUCAGAACAUUAAACGGGUCAGGAAAUCAAGAGCACUGUUCACACUAAACUCCAAACAAAGAACACACUGGACACCCCACUCCAUACAUGGAGGGACAUCAAUACUAAAGCCCCAAAAAAAACACUUCUACAAACACAAGACAAACUCACUCCUAGAUAUAUGGAUUAGCACAAGGCUCAGAACAGAAUUCUAUCCUAGGAAAUCCAGGAUUAAACAAGGUCAAAACAGGACUGACAAAUGCACAGUCUGAACAGGGACUUGGGCAACACCAAGCAAAUACAGAACGAACAAUGCAAGAAUAGUAAAACACGACAAAGUACUCAAACAAGGCAAGAUAUAAAAUCUAUAUCACAUAACUAGGACAUGGAGCCAUGGCUAACUAAAGACAUUAGUGCACACAGACAUAGCAAAAUAAUGACAACUUAGUCAGAGCAACAGGUGUAAUUUCCAGCCCAGAGCAGCACCUGAAGAGGCCUUAUAUCCACUCCCAGUGCUGAAGUCAGGAAAGUUAACUCUUCCCAAACCAGGGAGAAAAAACACAGAAACUGUUGAGACAUAAUGUCUGAACAGGACUCAAAGCAGAAAAAGGCAAAAUACAAAUAAACAGACAUUACAGUUGGUGUCGAGUCUGAUUGGCCCUCUAUGAUUGGGCGGCCUUCCCUGCCACCUGACCCGACAACCAGCACUGACCCCUCCAGACGUUGCUGGCUGCCAGAGUAAUGGAACAACGCAGGGCGGGAAAUGGGACCAUGGCGGGUGUCAGCCAUGUCCAAGACUGCAACAAAAUAUACCGCAUGCAAAGUAAAAAUGAAUGGCAGAGAUCUGACGGCAUGCUCUGGAUUGCUGCUAAGGAUCUGCUGUGUGAACAUGUCCUAAAUCAGACAAUCUCGUGCCAAUUCUGGGGCAGAAAUGAACCAAAGGCCUGAUGACUGAGCACAUGAACUGCUACAGCUUACAGGCCUGGCCUCCUAUAGUUGUGUAGCUGUCGCUGAAUCAUGAGAUGUGUGAGAUUGUAAACCUGGUAGACAUUUUGGCAAAUUGGGAAAUGUUUACUGUGGAGUUACUGUUUUAUGGUGAUCUCUGGGUUAUUGGGCUUAUAUAGCAAAUAUUUUACUUGUCCAACCUCUCAGUCUCAUCCUGCCUCCACUCUCUGUAGAGCAUUGAGUAACAGGACAAAGCUCAGUUGAUGGACUGUAAGAGCAGAGCGGCGGUCAUGGGGGCGUCUGUCCGGAUGACACUUUCCCUACUUCUCUGGUACGCUGUAGCCGGUGUCUUCUGUACCAACAAAUGUUCAGGACCAAAUGUAUCAGUCCUUGCAGAAAGUUGGAAAUAUAGUCUGGAUAUUCUAAAAGGGUGUCCAGGCAUUGCUGGGAAACAAGGACCCGAUGGAGAACCAGGAAAGCCUGGAUUACGAGGGUAUGACGGCAAUGUAGGAGUUAAUGGCUUUACUGGUGAAAAAGGUGUUAAAGGAAUCUCUGGUAUGGCUGGACCUCCUGGAGAGUCAACUGGACCGCUAGGAGAAAUAGGAGAAAAUGGGCCCCCGGGGCCUAAAGGAGAAAGAGGUGACCCAGCAGAAGGUCCAAGGAACUGUAGAGACCUUUACGAUCUAGGACUGACCCUGACUGGGUGGUAUUACAUAUAUCCAGAUGGAAAUCCUAUGAGAGUCAUGUGUGACAUGGAAAGCGACAAUGGGGGAUGGAUUGUCUUCCAGAGACGCUGGGAUGGGUCGGUAGAUUUCAAUCAGAAUUGGGAGUCCUACAAGAGAGGAUUUGGGAAUCAGUGGAGCGAAUUUUGGCUGGGGAAUGAAAAUAUCCAUUUACUGACAUCCACAGGAAACUUCCAGCUCCGGAUAGACUUGGAAGACUUUGAGAACAAACGUGUCUACGCCACGUACAGCAACUUCCGAUUAGGAGGAGAAUCUGAGAAAUAUCGUUUACAUGUGGGGAAUUACACCGGAGGUGACUCAGGGGAUUCUCUUUCUAUGCACAAAAACCAGAAGUUUUCUACCGUUGACAAUGAUAAUGAUUCCAGCAGACGCGCCAAUUGUGCGGCGUUUUAUUCUGCCCCCUGGUGGCAUACAGCUUGCUAUGACUCCUCCUUGAAUGGCGAAUACCUACGAGGAGAACACAAUAAAAAAGGAGGCAUCGCUUGGUCGUCCUUCAAGGGAAUUCAGUAUUCUCUCAAGUUCUCAGAAAUGAAGUUCCGUCAAGAAAUGAGUGAUUGAUGGUGAAGGCGACAUUAGGAGAUGCCACAGGGGUCACAUAAAGGGUGUAACACACGGACACUACAAACUCAAUAGGAACUCUAAACUAGGGUCACAUUAUGUCCAUGUGUGACCGGGAAAUAUUAAUGCACCUUAUACAACUGUGAUGGCCCAGUGCGGGAGGUGUAAUCCCGUGCUCCUGCUGUCCUGUCAGGCAGCCUCCUUCAGUGUCCCCCGGGCCCCCUGCACUUGUUUUCCCAUUGUAAAGAUGUUUUACCAUGUAAAGUGUUAUAAAAUGUAAUGUUGCUUUAAGAGUUAUACCAUGUGAUAUGUCAUGUGAUUGUUACCCAGGAGGUACCAGUGACCAGGUGAUCCCAAAAGUGACCUAUGGGCUCCCUGCUGGUCUCCCCCAUAUAAGCCCUGGGUGGAGCUUCUCUCUCUUUGGAGAUAAGUCUUGGCUGAGGUCCAGUGCAGUCGCCUAGUGUGUGUGUCCAGAGUGUUGGAGACCUCAAAGUCCAGUCCUGCAGCCGCCAUCAAGUCAAGUAAGAUAAAGUCCCAGCUUUAUGAGUCAAGUCAGUCCCUGUCAU